AUUAAUUAUACUUUAAAUCGGACAAGGAAGCAAAUUGUGUGUUUAAAGUUACAUAAUAAUUUUUCUCGAUAAUAUAUGGCGUCGUAGUGAUCUGAAUCGCGUACACACAAUCUUUACAUUAUUAUGUACAGUAACUUAUUCCGUCAAUAUUAUAUAAUAAUUCUACUCGUCAAGUCAAUAGAUGGCGUUGUGGUAAUCUGAAUUGCGCACAAACAAUGCUUACACCAUUAUGUAUAAUGUCUACGUAUAUAUUUAUAAACUACGGGUGCUAUUAAAUUUUUGUAUUCGUCCGGGAAACAGAAACAGAUCCUAUUUCAACCUGUAAUAACGACUCUUUACAAAAGCGUAAAUUACGGUCAAGUCAGCAUAAGUAUCAAUGAACUGUGAAGUGUACAGCGUGUGCAAACGUAUGCUCAGGUGAGGGGGGCGCGGCAGCAGACGACGGGCGUCAUCCACGCGGAGGAUCCCGCGGCUCUCUCGCUCUGGCUCAAGAGUAUCUCCGACAACAUCGUCGGCCUCACCAAUCUCCAGAUGAAGCUGCUGAACCGGUCGCUGGGCGCGGGCGAGCGCAUCGAGUACAUGGGCUGGGUGCACGAGGGCGUGGUGUGCGGCGGCGCGCCGUGGCAGAGCUACGCGCCGCGCUUCCUCGUGCUGCGCGGCACCGACGUCAUGCUGUUCCACACGCCGCCCGCCACCCUGGCCGACCUGGCCAAGUGCCCCGAGGUGCUCAAGGUCUACCAGACCAUGUUCCGCACGGUCAAGGAGAGCGAGACGGUGGACUGGCGCCAGCACUGCUUCCUGGUGGCGGCCGGCGCGCCCGCGCCCGCGCCCGCCCCCGCCCACCUCGCGCCCAGGUACAGUGUGCGGUGCAGUGUACAGUGUACAGUGUACGGCAGUGCGGGGCGGGUACACUGGGCGCGGUGCACUGUACGCGCGUGGCUCUGUGCAGGUACUUCAGCGCGGAGACGCGGCAGGAGCUGCUGCGCGUGGAGGCGGCCUGGACCAACAACGUCGUCAACUCCGUCGUCAGGCUCGGGAAGAAGACGUUCACGGUGGUGCACGGCGGGCGCGCGGCGGGGCUCACGCUGGACUGGGCGGGGGGGUUCUCCCUCAGCGAGGGCACGCCCGGCGCGCCGCCCGUCUGGGCAUACAGAUUUUCGCAGCUGCGAGGUUCCAGCGACGACGGCAAGUCGAAGCUGAAGCUCCACUUCCAAGACGCGGAAACGAAAGUUAUCGAAACUAAGGAGCUGGAGUGCCAGAUCCUGCAGAGCCUGUUGUUCUGUAUGCACGCGUUCCUGACCGCCAAGGUGGCCUCCGUGGACCCCGCCUUCCUCGCCUCCAUACACCACAACUAGCGGUAGGUACCACACUCACACUCACUACAUACUUCACUCACUAUCGGAUCGGCACAGAUAUUAUACUACAAGUAAUUAACCACUAUAAUUAUACAGAAUUAAUUUUAACGACAGUCUACAACAGAAAAUAUUUACAACAAAAAAUAAAUAACAGUGUUAUAAUUUCGUAUUUAAAUAUUAAUAUUCAAAAAUCUAUGUCUAUUUUAAUGUGCAAUUGAGAAAUUGUUAGUAUAAUCGAUACAAUUUGUUCGUGCACACACACAAGGUACAGGAUCAUAUGUAGCAACGAUAUCAUAGAUUUUUUUUCUACUUCACCUCCACUAGUCGGUUAAUCGAGACAUCUAUGAUCCACCAUAACGAACAUAAUAUUAAAAUUUGUGUGCUGAUUGCGAAAAGAUUCUUUAAAAAUACCCCAAUAUGAAUCAUUAUAUCUUUUAUAAAUAU